GCCGGACACUCGGCCACCACGCUGCGACUCAAUGCCGGCGGCGCCCUCCUCCUGCGGCCAGUAUGGAUGACGCUGGGCCUCGCGCGCCUGCCCCCGGGCGCGCUGCUCCCGCCAACGCAUCGACAGCGCAGUCUGCGCAAACAUCGCGGCCCCUCGAGACCACGAACGCGAACCCGAACGCGCCCAAAGUCCAGCAACCCAAACCGCAGGCUCUGCCGUCACGCUCCGGCCCAAGCUCCAUCCUCGUCUCGCCGCGCCAGAAGGGCAAUCCGAUCCUCAACAGCGUCCGCAGCGUGGCGUGGGAGUACUCAGACAUUCCCGCCGACUACGUCCUCGGUGCGACAACAUGCGCGCUAUUUCUGUCGCUCAAGUACCACCGCCUGCACCCCGAGUACAUCUACAACCGCAUACGAGACUUAAAGGGCCAAUACCAGCUGCGCAUACUGCUCACCAUGGUCGAUAUCGAGAACCACGAGGAAAGUUUACGGGAGCUGUCGAAGACAUCACUGGUCAAUAAUGUCACCGUCAUGCUGGCUUGGAGUGCUCAGGAAGCGGGCCGCUAUCUAGAGCUGUUCAAGACGUUUGAGCAUGCUGCGCCAACCAGUAUCCGAGCGCAGCGAUCCUCUACAUAUUCAGACAGCCUCGUGGAGUUCAUCACAGUACCCCGCGGCAUCAACAAGACGGAUGCGAUCGGCCUGGUCUCGAACUUCGGAAGUGUUCGGACGGCGGUCAAUGCUGGGCCUGAAGAGAUCGGCCUCAUUGCUGGGUGGGGGGAGAAGAAGGUUCAACGUUGGUGUAACGCGGUCCGGGAGCCCUUUAGGAUUAAAAAGGCUGCGAGGCGAGGCGUCGCCCGCGACGACAGUCGAGCAACGCUAUCAAGGAAUGUCUCUAGGGCAGAAGGCGAAAGUCUGAUACCAGACGAGGUCGCUUCUGAAGUGAUUGCGCAACGCAGGGUGGAAGAUGCAUUGCCAAUGGCUGUGAACAUGUCGAGACCUGGUCUUAACCCAGGGAAGGCAGACGCAGACAGACGGCCUUCGCGCCGCCCGGCGGAAGACCGAAAUGCAUUUCAACCUGGCGGACGUGACGAAGAAGCCAUGCGCCGAGCCGAGAUGAGCAGCCGGAAGACCAGUCAAAGCCAGAGCCAUGACUCCAGUGCAGAAGGUCCCGGGAAGCGGAAACAGGACGAUGAGGGCAUGAGUGAGGGAAUCAUGGCUGCCUUAAAUAAAUUACGGAAGCAAUAACGAGAUGAUGGUUGUGUCUACCAAAAGACCUGAAUAGUUGAAUCGCAUGGAGAUACCCUGUGUAGCG